AUGGCUCCGUCUUCCACAAAGAGAACGCAGCAGGCGAAUAACAAGAAGUGUCGGUUGUCAACCAAGUCCAACACGCCAGCGACAACUUCCACCUGUAGUUCAAAGAGCAGCGUGAGUGAACUGAAGCAGCAUCAGCAACCAAAAGAUAGGCAUCACUACCGACAACAACAACAACAACAACAACAACAACAACAACAACAACAACAACAACAACAACAACAACAACAACUGCUGCUACAUAACAAGAAGCCCAAGACAACGACACAACGACAACUGCUGCUGCACAGACCAAGAAGCACAAGACAACAACGACAUCUUCGCCACCAACACGCCAUUCAACUUGACAACCAAACAACAUCGAUGAUCAGAAGCAUCAGCAGUCAGAGAGGAUAG